CUACCAGCGGCCAUUCUCCUGAUUCCACGGGUCAACAACUUUUCUGAUCCAACCAAGGAACACAGCUUCAAGGACUGUACCUGCCAAUCAACGAGCACGGCAGUUGAGAGAGGACAUGGGUUAGAGGGACAAGAUGGGAUGUACUAGCAGUGCUAGAGUCGUCUCCCCGAUCCCUGAGGGUAAGGAAAACCAGCAGCAGCCAAGAUCUCAGCACGGGAAGCAGCAGGCAAAAUCUCAGCCAGAUCCACCCCGGGGUCGAAGUCCUCUACCCCCAGGGGCAGAAGGGGAACCAGGGAGAGAGUUGAGAACCAUCUUCUAAAGGUGGAUACUGAAGAGGUUACCAAUGAAACACUGGCCGGUCUGAGGGAGGUGCCCCCCAGCUACCCCCCACCAGAGCCACCGUCAUUCAGCAAGGAACUCUACCUCCGGGGAGUGAACUUCACCAAGACCGACCAGCUGGCUAGCAGGGUUCCCGACGAUGCCCUGAACAGCUAUGAUCAACUCUUUAAGUACCUCACACUGGAAUCCAAGGAGGAACUCUUCAAGGUCAGGGCUAUACUCGUCUGGCUCGUCCGUGCCUACGUGCAACCUCUGCAGACUACCACGGGUCAAUGUCAAACUGAAGGCAAAGGUCAAGGUUAUGAUGAUACCCAAGGUCACGGAGUAACUGAUGUCAGUGAUCAAGAUAAAUUUGAAGACAGUGCUAGUAUUGAGUCGGACGACGAUGGGAAUGCCGAGGAAAACAUUAACAUGAACGGUUUAUACAAGCGCCGUGUUCGCCAGAAACCUCCAGUUAAUCAUACUCCCAGAUUAGACCUUGACCUUCUUCAUAAAGGUCAGGUUGGCCUCUCUAUCAUGUUUGCGUUCUGUUGCAGGAAAGCGGGUAUUAAGUGUGUUGUUAUCCGGGGCCAUUGCAAACCAGAUGGCUAUGAAGUUGAUGGGGAAACGUGCCCCAGAGGAGUGUGGACUUCCGUGAACCUGAACGGCGUGUGGCGGCUGAUCCACCCCCUCUGGAGCAUCACCCACACCACAGCUGAGGCGUCGCGAGUCAAAGAUGAGAUAGUGAUGGAAGACUCCACACUGAAAUAUGAAUUUGAUGAUUAUUACUUUCUGACAAAUCCUGAUGAACUUGUCACCAGUUGUGUUCCAGAUAACCCAAAAUGGCAGCUUCUGAAGAAGCCGGUUCCCAGUGGUCGGUUUCAGCUGAUGCCAUACUUCACCAGACAUUUCUUUAAACUGGGUCUCAGCUUGUCCAAGGACAAAGACGGCAUCCUGAAAACCACCCACGGUAGAGCACGAGUGGAUGUAGACUUUCCUAUCGGCAAUCAGCCACAGCUCUACUAUCACAUAGCAGAGAAGAUGGUUCCUUCAGCUGACGACACAGAGUCAUCAGUUGUCAUGGAUACGGAUUUACUUAGGAAAUGUGUGUUUAUGUUCAAAAUGGAGUCAACAUAUUCAUUCCGGUUGUGUUUGAAGAAAGGAGGAGUGUACAUCUUCAGGAUUUACGGCGGCCACGUGAAACACGUGGACAAAGAGGCUCACCGAGCAUCUUUACUCUGUCAGCUUCAGGUUCACUGUGAGGAACCGGAUCCAACAUGGCUACCCACCCCCCUUGCUCCUGCCACUGGAUGGGGACAGAGUGAACUCGGCGGCAAGAUCGGAGUGAUUCCAAUAUCUCACAAAGGUGGAAUAGCAUACACGAAUGAACAUCGUAAAGUCAAUUUCAUGUUCAAGGUAGCGCCAAGUGCAGAACUCCAAGCGAAUCUGAUUUCUUCAAAGACCCAUAACCCUGUACCGGCCCCUGAUUUUGUCCACAAAGAUAACAAGGCAGUCUUGUCGGUGGUUCUGCCAAGCGAUGAAGGGAUGUGCUUGAGAGUCAACGCUAGAACCAAGAAUGAAAGUCGAAAGGGGUUUGUCAACGUGUGCAAUUUCAUCGUGAAAGUUCAACCGGUGCCUUUGAAGAAGGAGCGAGCCCGAGACCGACGUCUGAAGAACAUGCUGGAGGCGGCCAUAAGAUCCGGGACGGAAAAUCAGCUGGUCAAGGCAAUGAACGAGUACACCAUGUUCGUCCAUACGGACACCGGGGAGCUGGACAGGGCGGAGGACAGGCUAGUGUGCCUCAGGCUAAAGACAAAUUUGUUUGAUGCCAUACAGAGAGAAUUCGUCCCAUACCUUGAAAUGGUCAUAUACGAUGCCGAGACCUCCAACCAUGUUGAGGAGCUCAAGAGUUACAUCCGGGUGGCUAAGGCUCAUCUGCAGCAUCUACAACGCACUGCAACGUACAAAAACCACGUGCUCAGUCUCAACCAGUCACUGUUGCUGGAGAUAAGGGGGUACAUGGAGCCCAGUUCCAUCAUUUAUGACGUAAUAGUGGCAGUCCUUAUUCUAUUGGGCGAGAGAAGAGGCAAUCUAUACGAAUGGAAGUAUGUGCGUGGAACACUCAGCCGGACAGGGAGAACCAGCAUUCUGAACUGUAUGGAGACGUUCCAGUCGGAACGGGUGAGCCGCGACCGGCUUAUGGAAGCCGACGCCAUCUUGUCCCAGCAUUCCCUGGACCAGGUCUGGGAGGCGAGUGCGGGAGCGGCGGUCAUGCACAAAUGGGCCAAAGAUGUUAUUGAGAAGAUCAAAUAUGGCGAAUCGGCAAAGUCAGGUGCAGAUCCGAACAACGUCGACAAUGCUGAUGUCGAGAAUCCUCCUGUAAGUCUGGAUACUGAUUCCAACGGAAGUCCGGAAGAUGACGUUGAAGCAGACAAAAUCGAAUCACAAACAGCACCAGGUAAUGCCAUCCCAGAAAGGUCAAGUGCAUCCUCCAAAGGUCACCGGACAAGGAAGGCUUCUGGAAGUAUCAGCGACGGCGGCGGUGAUGAUGAUGAUGAUGAUCAUCAUCAUCAUCAUGAUGUUGAUGUUGUGACGGCAAGGGAGAUUUCCACUGAGUUCGUUGAGCUUACAGGUACGAGUCCAACAGGCAAUAGUAUCGGUGGUGAAAAUGAAAGCCAAGGUCAGGGUCAUUCUGAAGAUGCUGCUGAAGGGACCAAUGAUGGAGAUGACAAUCGUUCUCUACAAUACCAGACAAAGUCAGGUUCAAGAUCGUCCUCAAGAGAUAAAGGACCAAAGCUUUCCCCUGCCGAUGAUGGUGAUAUAGCGGCGGAGAGGGAGAUUUCGACCGAGUCUGUUGAUUUUACACGCGCGAGUCCUACGGGCAAUAGUGUCGGUGAUAAAAAUGAAAGCCAAGGUCAAGGUCAUGCUGAAGAUGAUGCUGAAGGGAGCAAUGAUAGAGAUGACAAGGGCGUCCCCAACAAGUGAAGAGCAAAAGUUAGCCACUCGCCAAAAUACUUUUUCUUUUUGUUGUGCCAAAGCUUGUACAUGAAUUCGAUAUAUUUUAGAUUUGAAAACGUGUAACGUUGUGUGUUUGCUGGGUGGCCGGAGUGUAGCAAAUAGCCGCUAAUGCCAUUUUCAGUAUUUAAUACGGUUUAUCUUUAGUUGACAAAACGCACACGAGUUACUGUCAAACUGAGUUAUUACCUCCGUCAUAAUAUUGAGUGAGUUUAGAAUAUAUUCAUGUAAAUAUCAUAUUGAUCAAAGUGCAGAAGUGAAUUGAAAAAUCCUGCAUAUUUAUUCUCAGUAUUGUUAGCAAUAUUUUGCUAUUACAUAUUUAAUUGUUCACUUUUAUUGUGAAAAUUUCGGGGUGUAAUUUUUUAAUUUGUACAUCUGAUGAUAUUUGAAAGAAAAUUCAUUUAAGCAAAUACAGCAAGGG